AUGGCACCUACUUCGCGCUCUUUCAAAGGUAUGAUGUUGUGGUCUGCUGCUACGCUAUCCAGAUCCGCUGCCGCUUUCUCACAAAUCUUUCCACUUGACGAGACCUGGCCAAAUCAUCAGCAAUGCGUCGACCUGUACGGACGAGAUGCUCUUGAUCCGCGGUCGGAGUCAUCUAUCACGGUCGUUAUGGAGCCCCAAAACCGAGCCGGCAUUGUGAGUGUGGUGAUAUUCGAGCUGGGCGAUGAGCAUCUCGGCGGCAUAGUGCGGCCGGGCACACAUGAGAAAGAGGUUUUGUGCAGUGCAGAGACAGCUCAGGAGGGUCUGUGCAACGAGUCCCAGCUGGGCGAGUUCCUGAUCUCUGACGCCGCCAGAGCGGCUGCUAAAUAUCCAAUGAUGACCCGCGCUAUUGACGUCUCUAAGCCGAUUCCUCUUAUCUACCCAGUCAGAACGCCGGGGUUCUAUUGCGCUGCGACCUUCAGCUUUUCGGUCGACAAAUUCACCGGGACGAUGAGGACCUCGGAGCCAGCCAGCAACGGGCCUGCUUUCAAGAGAAAGUUAGUCGAUGUCUAUUGCUACUUGACUCCUCUAAUUCUGCUUAUAUCAACUAUUUGGGCUUGUUUCGAGGCCUGGAAUGGCUCGCUGGGACAGUCGAAACUUGCUAUCUCGCUGGUAACUCUCUCCGCCUUGGAGACAAUGGCACGAUGGGCUCAGCUGGGAGAGGGCGACAAAACUGUGGCAGAUCUCCUCAAUGCAUCCUGGGCCCUGAUGCAAGUGGUUCUCGUCGCCAUGACCAUCGUAACCACCUCGACGCUUGCACGGAAGCAUGGCGUCUGGCUGUCACCAUUGGUGGCGACAGUCACGACGCUGAUAAUGGCGUCUUUGUGGGCCUUGUGGAUCUGGGCCGAAAUCACUGCAUCAAGCACGGAUUUUCGUCCUGUCUAUUUGGACUUAUUGAUAUCCUGCUUCUUGGGCUUCUUCUUCUUUGGUUGUGGCAUCGCAUACUGCAGGAGAAGGAAAGAGUUAAAGCGGGGAUUGCGUGCCGAGGUGGCCGUCGGACUGUGCAUAUUGAUUCCUGGAAUUCUCUUUGUCGCUAUUGGCGCAGCCAAUUGUGGGAUUCUGACUCGGAAGAUGGACCCAGUCGACUUCGGGAAGCGAUAUUGGAACUACAGGUUAUGGCUUGUUGACGGGCCGUUCGAGACGACACUCCCGGUAUGGGCUGUAUUUAAUGCCCUGAUGUUGAGCGUUGAAGCUUCAAGGGGCAAAUGCUCACAUGAACACGAUCCUUGGGCUGGAGAAAUGCAGGAGCUUAAGGAAGAAGGGGCAAUAGAAGCAUAG